CUAUUAAUGAAUAUGAUUUAAUUACUAUACUACGUUCACCAAACGCAAAGAAUUUCCGAACAUUAGAUAUUGGAUCUUCACAAAUAACACCGUUAAUUUUAACAACGAUAAAAGAGAAUUGCCCAUCUUUACAAAUUCUUGGUAUUUCGAAAGCACAAAUUACCAAUCUAAAUCUUAUUAAAGAUCUUUUAAUUGCCUUACCAAAUCUACAAUACAUUGAUCUCACCUCAAUCCCAUGUUUUAACUUGAUGAACACAAACAAUUUGUUAACCGACAUAAAAAAGAGUAAUCAUUCAAUUCACACAAUAGAAAUGAGUGAGUCAUUACUUAAAAGACUUUUUGCAAUCGAUGGAUGGAAGAUUGACAUAAAUUAUGGUAGAAGAUGGUAUUACUCCCGUGAAACACAGAGAGAAGUGAUCAGACCCGAUAGGGUACAUGGCAGAAAAUUGGAUAUAACUGAAUAUGGUUCAGAAUUUAUGAGCAAAAUCUUUCAGUAUUAUAGUUUUGAUGCGUGA